AGCCCCAAAGAGCCGCACUAUGAACUCGUUGGUGAUCUUCCUCGUUGGUUCCGGCCUUGUGGCGUGUACUAUGGCCGGUGGACUCAGUGGCGUCGGCUACGGUGGAGGCCUCGGUUACGGUGGUGGUCUCGGCUACGGUGGCGGCCUAGGUGUCGGAGGAGUAGGCGUCGGCAGCAGCGUAGCAUUGCUCAGCGGCGGACCUGGCUUCUCGAAGGCUGUGGCCGGACCCGCCUUCCUCGUGCGCACCGUGCACCACGUGAACAAAGUCCACGGCGGAGGCGCCAUCGUCGCUCACUCCGGCCUUGGAGGCUACGGGGGAGGAUACGGCUAUGGGGGAGGCCUGGGAUACGGGGGAGGCCUGGGAUACGGCGGAGGUCUCGGCUAUGGUGGAGGCCUGGGUUACGGAUAUGGCCUGGGCUAUGGAAGUGGCCUCGGUUACGGCAGCGGGCUGAAAUACGGGGGAUAUGCCCUGAAGGGAUAGGUGCCAUGUAACCUCAAGCCAGAAGAAGUCCUUGGCUGCUGUAUUUCUGUCAGCACUGUGUGCCCGGCGUUAAAGUCGACACAGCGUGGAUAUAUCCUGGAAGAACCAUUUGUAUAUGAAAUGUAAAUAAAUUUCUGUACCAAAAACA